CAAGUAGGCCUUUACAACGACUUCUGUGUCGGGCCCUAAACUCUAUGGCUUAGUACAUUCGUUUUUCGUUACCGAUUUCAACCAAUUGAACUUGAAAAAAUAAAAGUAUUUAAGCUAACUAAAAAUUUGAAGUAUAUACAACUGCCGCAGUAACGCAGGAUACCGAUAACCCAUUGAAGUAAUGCAUUCAGGCGGUAGGAACAGUGGGCAAAGUGCGGGCUCAACACCCCGAGGUGGAGGACCCAACACCAACUCCGGGGCCACAGUGCGUUCCAAGUUAGCGGCACCUCUAUCGACGCAGACGGCGGGAACACGGCGAACUGUUCACGGCGGAGCGGGCGAUGGGGGAACCGAUGCGGCUUGGAAGCAGACCGGUCGUCUCCUUGGCAAGCACAAUCCACCUUCUCGGCUCGUCCAGCCCACGGUAGCCUCUUCGCUGAGGGCCAGCAGCAACAGGCAGACGGCCAAGCAGAAGUUCGAGAGAGCGGGCCAUGAGAAGCCCAGAUCAGUGGUGCCCUUGACCAAAGACACCGAUACGGAAGUCAGGAAGCCAACGAAGCAGCGUGUGAUGUCGCAAGCAGCAAAACAGGCGGCACGGGAUCGCCUUUGGCCCAGCAAACCGGCGGGCGUGGGUUUGAACUCGAAUUUCCGCAAGAAUAGGCAGCCAGUGCCAGAGGAUACCAAUCUUUUGCCGGAUGUCGAGGAGGAGACAGAAUCAAAGGCGCCCAAGUCUCAGGAGCUACUGGAGACCGGCGUCCAGACGAACGAGUCUGAGAUCCUCGAUCAUAAGCUAAUCCUUGGCGAGGUGAAGAUGGUUUGCCCCUCGGCGCAGCUGGUCGAUCAAAUAGAUCGGGAACGGCUCGAGCUUAAGGAGGAAAGAGAGCGACAAUCAUCGCGCAGGUUUGCUGCCCACGAGCAGCAGGAGGAACUGCAUCUGGACGAACUGAAGGAGUUCUCGUUCCGGAAUGCCGUGACCAAGAGGGCGCCCAAGAAGCCACCAACGUACCAGUACGCUCGCUAUGACAAUCAGUAUCAGAACGUUUUCAAGUCCAUGGACGAUUUCUUCAGCCGGGUCCAGAACUCAAUGCCCAAGUCAGAAUCCGUGACCACCAUCCAGGAGCGCAUCAAGCGCAAGGAGGAGGAGCUGCUCAGGCUCUUUGACAAUGUCGAGCUGAACGAAUAAUCUAAAAACUAUUGUAAAUUCUAUAUCAAAUUGUUUGUGUCUUACACGUAAAGUAGUUGUCCUGUUCAAUCCAA